CCAUACUUUUUGGCAUUCCAUACACAAUACAUGAGCAGAGAUUUUCAGAUCAGCAGAAUUUAGGGGCCCGAGAGCUGGAACAGUUAUUCAUCUAUAAUAAACAUGGCACAAGCUUUUGUAGAUGCUGCGAUUCGUGACAACAAGGUUGUCAUGUUUUCCAAGACAUAUUGUCCUUACUGCAAGAUGGCAAAGUCUGCCCUGAAUAGUGCUGGACUGAAGAAUUACAAAGUGAUCGAGUUGGAAAACCAUUCCAUGUGUGAUCAAAUUCAGGAUUACUUGCUGAAACUGACAAAAGCUCGAUCGGUACCACGUGUGUUCAUUGGCGGGAAGUGCAUUGGUGGAGGCUCUGAAACCAAGGCUUUGCAGGACCAAGGGAAACUGACCAAGAUGCUCAAAGACACUGGUGCAAUGUAAGGUGCCUUAGAGUAAAGCUCUCAACCAAUGAAAUCCAAGGAUCUGAGUAGCUUAUAACAGUUGUCAAUGAGAUUCACUGACAGAUUGAUUCAUGAAAAGCCCCCCAGUUUGGCAUUCAUCAACCUCUCUCUACUGGUGUGUGAUAUUAUGUGUUAUUUAUCUAGCAUUAUAUUUAUAGAUAGCGUAGUACAAUUUUUUUCUUUUUUAUCCACCUUCCAUGAUUGGAGAUCAGUAAAAGUUCCCUUUUUAUCAAAUGCCAUUCCUUGUAACAUGAAAUUUGUAUGCAAGCACUGACUCAAAUUUGACUCUAACCAGUUGUACUAUGUCUAAAGUGAAGACUAGACUCCGAACUCUCUACAUAGUGAAUCCAGUCUCACUAUAUCAGACUCUGCAAUACGCAUACAUCGGUAAGAAUUGUAUCAGUAAGUCUUAUGGACAAAAAUUUGUCGAAAAGACCGCAAUGUUUUUAUGGGUACAGAAAGAUUGCGAUGUUUUGCUCCAGUGUGAAUCAAGAGGAGGAAAUAUUGUGAUAAGCUCGCUAGUCAAAUUAUCGCAGUCUUUCAAAUGAGAAUAGCCAUUAUGUUGUUUGAGAAAAUUUCUGCACAGAGGAUUAUUCAGAGAAUUAUUACUUAUGUCACUGGAGUUAUAUUUUCCCUU